CUCGGGUAUUAUACAUGUAAGUGGUCUCGAGAUGUAUAAAGUUGACGGAAUAUCCCUCGAUUGUAUCAUAUCAUCCCUCUGUUCAUCAUCAGCAUCAACAUCAUCUGCCUUCACUAAAAACACUAGAAACAAACCACACCACAACUACCAAAACCAACAUCAUCAUCACCACCCUUCAACCACUCCAUCUACAACCCUUCUUCAACCUCCUCUUUCAUAAACAAAACCCCACCAACCGCCAAAAUGCAGUUCACCGCCACCAUCAUCUCCAUCCUGGCCACCGCCGCCACCGUCCUCGCCGCCCCCGUUGAGGUCGCCUCCGCCACUCCCCUCGAGGCCCGCGCCUGCAAGACAGUGGCCGCCUCCCCCUCGGGUGUCUGGGUGUCUAAGAACGCCCCGCAGUGGGUGGGCUUCUGGGUUCCCACCGACGCCGUCGGCGCCUGCGAGCUCAAGGCCGUCUUCCCCGCCGGCUUCCCCAUCGCCGGCACCAGGCCCCAGGUCAACAUCAUUGACGUCAACGGCCCCGCUCCGGGCUCCAUCGUCGGCACCGUCACCUUCACCCCCGGCACCAGCACCACCAUCAACUCGUUCGCCUGCCGCCAGGAUAUGCAGUAUAAGCUCGAGGUCGCCAGCUGGCAGGCUCAGGGGUCCGUCUCGUACCCGGCCCAGCACGGCACUGGUUUGAUCCUCACCUAUGGCUGCUAGAUGCCUUUUUUCCCCUCUUCUCUCUUCUUUCUUUUUAUUCUUCUUUUCGUCUUUGCUUUUUUUACUUGGUGAUAUAUGAUAGAUGAUGUGAUGAAGUAGAGGAAGUUUGGGUGGCUCUCUCUGGGUUAAUACUUUCGAUUCGGACACGCUCAUUCGGGCUAAUUAAUUCUUUUCUGCCGCGGUUUUCUAUGCACGCAAUGGCUAAUGUUUCCUAUUUAAUCCCCACUCCUUUGGUACAGCCAAGUUGUAGAUGGAGUGGUUGAGUACACUCCUUAGUUUAGCUUAUUUGAUGGUUCAAUAGAAUCUGGCUUUUUAACAUAAAAC